AUGAAUGUUUUGGGGGUGUGUAAUUCAAAAUUGGAAUUCUUAUAUUGUUUAGCUGGCUGGGAAGGUUCAACUCAUGAUGGGAAGGUGCUUAGAGAUGCAUCGCUAAGGCCAAAUGGGUUGCGGGUUCUGAAAGGCAUAUAUUACUUGUGUGAUCAAGGUUAUAGCAAUUUUGAAGGGUUCUUAACUCCAUAUCGAGGGCAACAGAUGGGCAGGAAAAUAAAGGAAAUCAAAGUUGAAGGAGAAGAACCUAUCCCACCUCAGCCUAAGGGUCCGUACUUCUGUUGGAACGAGGCUCUUGAUGGAAUCCUCAUAGAGUGUAUGCUAGAGCUGGUCGAGAAACAUCAAGUGGAGAAUGGGAACUUUAAAAAUGGAGCUUUUACUAAGCUUAAAACUAUGAUGAACCAGAAGCUUCCUGGUUGCGGGGUCAAGGUUGAGCCAAAUAUUCGAUCGAGGCACAGGAAGCUGAAAAGAGAUUUUAUGGUUGUACAUUUGCUUCGUUCAAAGAGCAGACAAGGAUGGGAUGAACUGACUCUCACCCCAAUGAUAGAUGAUGAUGUGUUUGCUGAUCUGUUAAAGGUGCAUCUGAAUACCAAGAACCUCAACAAAACGCCUUUUCCACACUACUAUAAGCUUCUACAGAUCUUUGGCAAAGGUGGAACAGCUCAAGGAAGGGUAACGUGUGGGAUUUCAGACCCGGUUUACUCUCCUCAAACGGUUGUGAAUUUGGACGACCUAGAAUCACCAAUUGAUUUAGAAGAUCCAAAGAGCACAGAGAUAUUGAUGGACAUUAUGAGCAAAGGAAUUGAGAAGAGUCUAAGGGAAACUGGAGGGCCUCAACAGACACAAAGCCAGCCAAUUAAGGAGGAGAAAUCUGCAAAGGCUGGAGUCGGCAGCAACUCGACUAUUAAGAAGAAGGCUAAAAAGCUCGAGUUCAAUAAUGAUGAAGCCAUAGCAAAUGUUGUAUCCGAGCUUGGUGGUCUGAAGCUUGUCAUUAGCAAGGCUGUAGAAGCUCUUGGAUCAAUUAUGGGUGAUCGUGGGGAAUGUCGACGUUUCUGA